AAGCGUCCUGCAGCUGAUGGCACUCCACCUCAACUCCUCUUCACUUCCUGAUGUCUCCCAGUACACUCCUAUACCUUCUGAUUUUCCCUCUCUCACUUCACGCUUUAACCACUCAUGUGCCUAAUUCUCUUUGCAAAUUCUCCCUGCAGCGAUACGUUUACGAUCUAUGUCCUCUCCUACAAGAGCCGGCCUUUACAGUUGGUGACUAUCGGUUCAACUCACAGAAUGAUAACGGGCCAACGUGUACCAAGAAUACUUGGAUAUGUCUGAACGACCCGCAACGAUCGCCAAUAACGGUUGCCUCUAUUCAUUCCCCGAUGAUAUCCAAACCCGAGAUGGAAACACACAAACUUCGGAUCCAGUACACAGGAGGAACUCAUAACGGGACAUUCCAUUCCGCUUUAAUAUACUUUAUCUGCGACACAGAUACUCGUCUAGAACAUUCUAGUGCGCCCAAGCCUCUUGUCGAACAUGAUGGUAUACACUCCUUUCACUGGGCUACCAAGCACGCAUGCCCCAUCGCCUUAGCCGACGAUCUCACCGAUUCUGGAUAUAUCUAUAUUGCGGAGGAUUUGGAAUCUCAACCCGACCAGGGUGAGCAGGAAGAAGGUGGUGAAAACUUCAUAGAUCCGACCGUGAAACCCCGGUUGUCUGCCCGAGCAACAGCCCUUACUAUAUCGAUCAUCGGAAUGCUCUUACUUUCGACGUGCUACUUCAUCUAUAACCCUCCGACCCAACUAUUAAACCACUAUCUUAGACCUAGUCUUUCUCGAUUACCUCUCCCCGACAUCAACAGUUUUUGUCUCACGCGGUUCAAACCCAAAAAAUACCGAUCUGGACGACGUCCACGUCCACACAACUUCCGGGUGGGCGAGAACAGACUGGUGCAGUGGGCACAAGAGGAUAUGCUUGAAGAUGAUAUUGACGUUAUGGUCAAUGCCCACGACGACGACGAUGCUAUUCUAGACGAAUAUGUCCCCCUUAGUGUUGGGAUGGAUUGGCAAACCCGAAGGCCAAGGGAUUAUGGAAGCACUCAGUUUCCAUGA